GAUAACUUACACACACAGGUAAUUACAAGUGAUCGGUUUUAUAAUUAUAAUGUAUGACAAUGGACGACGUUUACAUGAAAAAGAGGAUUUUAUGCGACUUACGAGGAUAAGAGUUUUAUUUAUCGAAGUUAUGAGGUUAAUGGAAACGAUGUACACUAAAGUGAACUCUGUUUUUUGGGCCUACGCCAAAAUCGCCGUCAUUGAUUACGACAACGUAAAAUACCAAGAAAAUCAUUGAAAACGGAAAAGACUUUUUUCUCUCGAAAAAUAAAACGUUUUAAUGUGUCAAUUAUUCCUCACUGGUGUGUUCGUGUGUGUGCGUGUUUUAAGUCCAAGUUGAGAGGCGCAAUGAGUUAUGAACGCACACUCACACACCGAUGUAACGUUAAGUUGUAAUGUUAAGAAAAAUAUGCAUUGGUAUAUAUUCUAGUACAAAAUAUUGUUGCUGAAUCAUUUGAAAAAGGAUUAUAUUAUCGAUUGAUUUUGACUGUUAAUUAUGUGUAUAAAAAAGUAGGUGAUAUUUUAAGGAAUCUGUUGAUGAAAAACUAGAAGUUCAUUAUGUUAUGUGCGAGAAAGAGCAAGAGAGUGAAUGUUUGAAGUGCUUUAAUUUUUUGUAAUAUAGAGAAGAGGAUAUUGUGCUAAGUCAGUAAUGUUACAUAUAAGCAUAUACUUGUUCCGUAUGUAAAUUGUACAGAAUCUAAUUAUGUCGAUGGAAUCGAAAUUUUACAUUAAAGGGAAUGUGUUCAAUUUUCAUCUUGUACAGUAAAUCAACGAAUUUUCAUUCUAAAGUUUACUUCGCAUUUCUUACUAAUCUCGUUUUUUUCCGUCUCCUUUGAAGUCUCGCUCGUUCUACAAUUGCCUCAUUAUACCAAACUAUGAAAUAAAAAAUCCUCAAUCUCAGGUACUCGAUGUAAACAUGAUUGAACGAAUAGUGAGCUUCGAAGUGAGAACGAGUCGAGUUUGUUUGUGCGAUAUCAGAGAACAAAGAAGUUCACUCUCAAGCUUUCUCGUAAGAAUAUAAAUUGCGUAUCUUGAUCCUCGUAAAUGGAUUUGAUCCUUCAACGCCACAGGGAGAGACAAAGGAGAUCAAAAGGAGAGCAACUUCCCGACUCAAGAACUGUUUAUAAUAAAUUAUACCUGUCGUACAGUCUCGCUAUCGACUAUGGACUACUCAAACGUAGUUAGUUAGAUAAUUUGCGAAAUAAAAAUAAAUACGAGAAAAGUAAAAGGUAACGUAAAAAAAGUAUCUAACGAAUGGACAAGUGCGACGUGUGCAUGUGAGACAGAGAUAUUUACCUUGUAGACCGAGAGAAAGAGAGAGAGAGAGAGAGAGCGCGUCGUUGAGUAUGUGACUUGUUCGGCGAUUGCGAGACGGCAAUCCGCUUUCCGUUCGAGGGACAAUAUUGUACGCAAAUGGCUUUCGUUGCGAUUGACCACGCACGCUACGAUUAGUCGAUUGUUUCACGACUGCAAUAAUUUCCUCUCGACAUAGAUAACUAAUCAACGAUCGUCGCGAUCUUGGACGUGAUUUUGGGUAAUCUUUAUGAACCACCAAAGUAAUGACGAGUCUUAACGCGUAGGUAUUGAAAAAUUGUAUAUUACAAAUUAUGAUAUUCAUAAUGCAAUGUGUAAUAGUUUGAAUGUGAGCGAAAAAAAAAAAGACGUAAAAGUUUAACGCCAUACAUCUAUAGAGGACAUACUAAUCGAUAUUGAAGGCUGUCUCGCAAAAGUGAUAAAAAUACAAGCAGUGUCGUUUUCUCAAUCACACCAUCAAAUACCGCAUACAUUUUCGAAUCAGUAUUUAUUUUGUAAAUAAUACGAGUCACCACAAUUUUUGUAAAGAACGGCAGCGGCAAAAAGAGCAAAGAACGUCCGGUCCAGCGUCGACAUCUUGGAGAUAAUAAUUUGGUAAACAGAAAACAAAAUGGAAAUACUUUUAAAAUAGUGCGAUAUUGCAGUGAAUGGCCUUUAAUAAUUGGUAUGAUCUGAAGAGAGAAAGAGAGAGGAAAAUGGACGACGGUUAAAAAAAAUAGUUAGCAGCGGGUUCUGCCCAAGGCGCCAAUAUUGUUGAAACAUUUAAUAGAUGUAUACAGAAGCGUUUUUAAAUAAUGAUUAAUCUUUAACAAGAAAGAUAACAAAAAAAAAUAAGAAAAACUCGAUCGUAGCGAAAACGAAGUUCGCGCGCGCGUGUGUGUGACUGACUAAAGUAAACGUGUGAAUAACGAUAUAAAUAAAAAACCGCAUCUUGCGACGAAUAAAUAUUGGGAGGGGCACCAUUUUUUGGGAGAAAACAAAUAAAGAAAAAAAAAACAAACAAACAAAUAACAAAGGAAGAAAAAACAAUUGUUUAUUCGAUUAUUUGUACGAUACAUCAACUUUGUUUACUGUCAAUAAGAUUUAUUGUCGGUUAAUAAAUUUAUUAUCGCUUAAUGACUUUAAAAGAAAAAAAGAGGUGUCUGUAUUGUGUACUUUCCGGAUUCCCUGCAGCCCUUUGCCUUUUUCCCGCUGCUUCUCCGCGUGGAGAGGCGCUAUUAUGCGGGUUGAUUGCUUUUGUGACGUCGCUGCCGCGGCGCUCUCUUUGAGGCGGUCAAGAUGAUGGACGCAUUUAGCGCGUGCUUGCGAAUGUAUUGACCUGUUUAUUCGCUGUCAAUCGAUAAAAGUCUAUUUUAAAGUCGAUUAGACUCUUUGACUUUGUGUACACGUACGCGCACCAAAAAGAAAAAAAAGGGAAGAAUGGAAUCUUUUGGCGAGAAAAGCAGCAAAGAAAAGGGCAUCUCGAUGUCCUUGACACGCCACGGUCCUUUUUUCGCCACGGUCAGCACGAAAUUUCGACUUUUCCCCGUCCCCAUAGUGCAUUUCUCUUUUGAGAUGAGUAGAAAGCGCAGGAGAGUCCCUCGAAAAAAGAAAAAUAAUAAAAUAACACAACAACAAUAAAACACCAGGUCGAUUUUGGGGGUGCAACCAAGGACGCGGCAGACGCUUAGAGACGGGUCGACGCAUCGGCAAGCCGACAGACUAAUGUGGACAGUCAGCGAGGCAACUUCGCUAUUUCUCUCGGGUUGCGGAAGAGGAUUUUCUCUAUCUCUUCCUCCUUUAUACUCUUAUUCCGUUAUCUUUUUUUUCUUACUCUUUGUCCCUCGCUCUACAUAGUUUUCAAGAUGUUCGUUAGAUUUUUCUUGUUUUUACUUUACGCUUCGAUAGCUACGAAAACAACGGUUGCACUGCCGAGGAUGUUUGUUAAUUUCACCUUCAGCGACAGUCCCGUCGAUACCUCUACUGGCAAUAGAACAGACCGUGAAUACUCUCUGGACAGUUCGGAAUUCGAUGAACACAAUAUAGACAAAAUCUACGGAGGUUCUUACGCUGCAGUCGGCCAAUUCCCUUUCAUGGCUGUCGUACAUCAAUUAAACCAAGACCGCAGUUACAUGUCCUGCGGUGGGACGAUUCUAUCGAAGCGUUGGGUACUUACGGCAGCCCAUUGCGUCUACAAGUCUCAUAUAUUUCUGGUUGCCUUCGGAGUAGUCGACAAAUCCGCGUUCCGUUACGAUUACAUCGGCAAGAAAGGUGUGACGAUGAUAGUUAAUCAAAGGGCAAUCUAUCCUAGAUUGAGAUAUAAAUUCGACCAAUACGACAUUGCUCUUUUAUAUAUGCCCAAGGAUAUUCCUUUUGAUGAUAAUAUUCAACCGAUCCGCUUGGCCGGUGCAUCCUACACCCGGAAGUCUUUUGUGGGCCAGACGGGUCACAUUUACGGAUGGGGUCAGGCCAGGCAGAACGGCCAUGCGAUAAAAAAGCUGAAAUACGGAAGUGUGAAGAUUAUAUCAAAUGCUAAAUGCCACGUGUGGUGGACCAUCGACGGAACGCACAUCUGCACGGACUCGUCAACCGAGAACGACGUCUGUCGUGGAGAUAGCGGCGCCCCUUUGGUUGUGCUCGAGAGCGACGAUGAACCCGUUCAAGUUGGAAUUGUCAGUUACAGCGACGGUCAGUGUCCCAGUUCAAGGCCCUCGGUGUUCACUCGUGUGUCUGCUUAUCACAUCUGGAUUAAAAAAGUUACGGGGAUCAGCUACAAAUGAAAGUCAUUUGUUUUACUUAGACUUUGUAUUUUUUAACAGCUAGCUUGGCGAAUUCUUAAGCUACAUUUGAUAAUAAAAUGUUGUAAAAAGUGAGAAUUUGAAUUUGAUUCGAGAGGCAAUCGAGCAUGUGUAAUCCCAUUAAAUGUGCAGACCGACCAUCGGGAUAUCAAACGACUCCUUGGAUAAACUCUAGAGGGCUACUGGCAGUAGAUAAUCGCAGAGCAAAUGUUACACAGACGCUUACUUUAGCUACAUUCGAAUUUGAAGAUGCUUACAAUUUUUAUUUUACUACCAAAAGCUAUUCUUCUAGCCAAAACUGUGGUGUGAUUGAAAAAUCAAUAAUUUUUAUUUCAUUCUGAUUUUUUUCCGAUGGAUAAGUAAUAUUUGGCUUCAAUCGAUUUUAAUU